AUGAUUAAAGCUGUAAUACUCAUUGGAGGUCCUAUGAAAGGUAAAUUAUUGCUUUCUGUUGCAAGACACAAAAACUCUAGUUGGCUGCAUACUCCGACAUGCAUGCAGCUUAUUUUCAAAAUUGUAUUUUGACCUUUCUUUCUUUCAUCGUUAUAGGAACAAGGUUCCGGCCUCUUUCUUUGGAGUUGCCAAAACCAUUGUUUCCUAUCGGAGGAUUUCCAGUCGUGUAUCAUCACAUUGAAGCUUGCAAGAAGGUAUAAUCUUUUGGAAUCUAGAUGAUUCAGCUGUUCUCACUAAAAUACUAUAGUUUAUUUACUGCACUUAUGAGAAAUUUUCAUAACUUAACGCUAAAGAGAUCGGAUAAAUAAACCUUAAGCAAGCUGAACAAAUUUGAAGUACUGAUCGUAUGAAUAGAAUUCUACAGAUUCAAUCUAUGAGCAAAAACCAGUAAAAACAGCUGUUACGCAGCGAGAAAAACCCCCUGACCUUUGUCACGUUUUCUUCAUUUCCAAACGAACUUUGGCAUGUAUUUAGUUUGGGGACAAGUCUGGUUCUUAUAUUGUUAUUCUAAGCAGAGAAUAAAAAGUGAAGAGAAGGGAGCGUAUGGCUGUAGAAUUUACUAGGACACAUGUUUUCUUUUAAAUUGUUCAAAUGCAGAAUUUGACAUUUCUACUCAACUAUUGUAAGCUGUCAUCCUAUUUUCUUGUGAGGGAACUUGAACAAAUUCAACAGUAUCAGAAGGGAAAAAAAGCACCAAUGAAUUUAAUUCCUGUUCUUUAUUUUAAACUUCACUGCAAAUAUUUUUCUGAAUAUUCUAAGGCCUGUUUCAAACUUUGCGCUACUGCCGUGCUAAGCUGGCUCGACUGUAGCUCAACUGCAGCACAACAUUAGCACGACUUGGUUUCAGACGUCGAAUUUAAUUCAGUCGAAUAGAACGGCUGUUGCCGAAAACAAAGCACAAAAAUAAAGAAACGGUUUGGCAAACUUUUAAAUGUAUUCUAAUGUAUUUAUAAUUUAUGAAUUGACUUGCCGUGCUACAAGGCAGUAGCACGACUUGGUUUCAAACGUUGCGCUACUGCCAUGCUAAAGUCGAAUUUAAUUUGAUCAAUUAAGUUCAGAAUAUUUUGAAAGGGGCCUAUUCCCAAUUAAAAUAAAAUUUCCCAAGGUAGAAAAAUAAGGAAAUAUUUGAUUGUUGUACUUCAUGUCACAUUAUAAGAGAUUUUCAUGUCAUAGCUUUGCAGAGCAUUGCAAAGAAAAUGAGCCAAAUAGCAUGAUACAUUAAUUUUUCGGUUUUUAUUUUAACUUACUAGACCUUUUGUUGGCAUUUGUCUACUGACAGUUAGCCAACAGUAUUUUAUUAAAGGAGCUGUUUUUCAUUUGAUUUUCAAUCUGAUAUAAUUAUUUCACAGAUUCCAGACCUCAAAGAAAUAAUCUUGAUUGGAUUCUACCAGUCGAGUGAAAAUUUGUCAAAGUUUAUCACAAAUGCCCAACAAGAAUUUAAUAUUCCCAUCAGGUAUUAUACAAUAAAUUCUUGUACUCUUGAAAGUCAUUAUUAUAUUAAUAUUAAUAUAGCGACCUUUUUAAGGAUUUGGCUCCUGAUCUGCUAUUGAUUGGAAAUACUAUCAAUAGUAAAAAUUAUAAAGGCUGACGGCAUUAUUGACCUACAUGUAAAUGACUAUUUUACCCCUUAUUUGUAAUGGUUUUUUCAGCUCGUAGGGGCUUGAAUAGACGUUUCCACCUCAUUUUGUUUUAAAUGUUGACAUGAACUAGUUGGCAUACAGUUCCUCAAAAUGUGUAAACUUGCCAAGUUUGAGGGUGAUAAAGUGAAACCCAGUUAAUACAGACACUGAGGGGGCCAUAGAAUGUGUCCGUGUUAACAGGGUGUUUGUAUUAAGGUGCGGUUGAAUUUAGAGAAAAUGUAUGGCUUUUUUUUGACAGGGAUAAAUCAAACUAUAAAAAAUUGCAUAAAAACUUUUCUUAAAAGCAUUUAAGACGUUUUAAAACGUUAAAGAAUACAUGACGUUUUGACUUUACCGGACGUCAUUAUCAAGUGAAAAGAAAACACAAUGUGAAUGUUCUAUAAAUACAAGAAAAACAAUAGUUCAUUAAAAGGAAAGUAACAUAUAAAAACAUGUUACAAGACAAACAAAGAGUUUUGCGCUGAUGGGGUCACUCUGAGUGUUAACUCUGGGUCCAAGUCCCUUCUUUUUAAUACAGUCAACUCCCACUAAGGUGGACACCUUUGGGACUGGCAGUAAGUGUCCGUCUUAUAGAGAGUCAAAUAAAGGGAGUAAAGAAAGGUAGGGACCAACUCUAGGUGUCCGUUUUAGGGAGGUGUCCAUCUUAUAGAGGUGUCCGUGAAGAGAGAGUUGACUGUAAAUCAAACUGUCCGAAAUAUUGAGGUGUCUGUAGUAAGGGGUUGUCUGUAAAGCAGGGUGUGACUGUAUGUCAGAAGCUUAUGAAGAUAUAGCUUUGCAAACUGGCAAAAUUUCACAGCCAUUUGUAUGGUGGGUGGCUCAAACUUUCCCCACCAUUCAGAAAUCGAUAAAAAAUUGUAUUAUUUUGUAGAGCCUCUCAAACUUCUUAAGUUUUCAACAUACCACUGACGGAUGCACAUUUGUAAUAAGAGAGUAAAAAUAAAUGCAAUCCUUCCUUGUCGAAGUUUCUGCUUUAAAUAGUUAGUCACUGUAUAAAAUUAAUAUUUUUAUACAGAUAUCUACAAGAGUUCCAGCCACUUGGUACUGCGGGUGGUUUGUAUCACUUUCGUGACCAAAUAUCCAUGGGAAAUCCAGAUGCAUUUGUGGUCCUGAAUGCAGACAUCAUGGGUGACUAUCCUUUACAGGAGUUUGUUGAAUUUCACCAGCAGCAUUUGGGUGAACAUUCAAUCCUGGCCACAGAGGUAAGAAUUUUGUUGUCACAGUAAGAACUGUAAUCAUUUUGUUGUAACCACGGAACCUGUGUCAGGCAGUGGUUUUGUUACAAAUAGUUUUGGUGAGUUCUGGGACUCAACUUGUGAAAUGUCAGGAGUCCAAGUCCAGAACCAAUGAGUCCCGGUUUAAGAAACAACGAGUCCAAAAUGGAAAUGCUUGGAACUUUAUGUAACCGGACAGUUAAUAUGAAGACUGAGUCCCAAACUCUCUAAUACAGUUUACUAAAAUUAAAAUAAUAUAGUCCUUUUAUUUAAGGUGGAAAAAGGACUAAAAUUAAUAUGCAUCACUAAACAACAGCCACCAAAAUCACAUAAACAGGAUAUUCUACAAAACCAUCUUCAGAUUGAUCAAUCGAUCUUAGCUUUGGGUCCUAUGGGAUGCAUGUCAUGAAUUAUUUUGCAUCUUUCAGGAUUUUUUAAAAUGCAUUAAAAUGCAUCAGGGAUGAAGGACACUAGAGUACCAAAAUCACUGGUUAGUGGGGCCCCGUUGAAGAAUGCUCUAGUGUCCACAUAAUACAAGGUCACCAUGCUGGCUUAAUGCAGCUAGGUUUCAAUAGAUAACAGCGAUGGUAGAAAUGUUUGGCAUACCCUUAGAGACUAUGGUGGUAUAUGUUUGCUCUUUACAUCUCAUACACUGUCUUUGAAGAGAUCAAAUGAGUAAAGCAAGCUCUAUGCAAACAAAACAAAACGUUUUGUGUAUUUAACAGUAGUGAUGCAAACUAAACAUUUUAAGUCAAGUCACAUUUCUGAAGGUAAAAAUUGAUAAAUUCUUGUGUGGCAGUCUCGAGCAUAAAAGGUCAUGGAUCAUUGAGAGAACAGCAGGCGUGCCCUCUUUACACAUGUUAACAUGUUAAUAGUAAGGUUGACGUCAGCAUAGAAGGGCACCCUCACUGGCGGCUGCUAUCAGUCCAUUUACAAGGUUACUGUCACCCACCCAACCCAUGUUAUGAAUGAUAUGUGAAAGGCAGACCACACCACCGGGGAAACUUUCCCCUCUCUUUUCGAAUUGCAGUGCGAUUUCUUUUAAGUCCCCUCAGGGUUCUCAUUAACUGCCAGCAACCGUCUAAAAAACCGCCUAUUUUGAGGUCUGAGCUGUCUACUUUUGUGGGAAAGUGGGUCAAGCGAGGGAGUGAAAGCCUCAAAUUGCCUACAAUACUUUUGAUUACCAUUAGCCACCUACUUUUACAUCCUAGCUGUCUACUUUUAAGACUUAAUGAGAACCCUGCCCCCUUCGAUUUGACCAAUGAAACUUCUGAAUUUAUGUCACUCUUAAGCCUAUUUAAAAGUAGAAAACUAAUCCAGUAAAGAAAAAUAUCACUUAAUAUAAAUUAUGUUUCUUUAUCCCCCAGGCAAACAGAAAACAAGCUCAUAACUUUGGUUGUUUAGUAGAAGACCCUGACACACACAAGGUUAGAAUUAACGUGAAGAUUUUGCAGUGACAAGUUAACUUGUUUGAAAUCACUGUCUGAUAUGAAAACUGCCUGUAGCAGUGAGCCCUUGUAAUGUAGUGUUGCACGGAAUUGGACUGAUAAUAAUCUGUGUGCCAUGAAGCAGGCACAAAAUAACCCCGAUUUUCAAUGUAUUCUAUUUACAGUGUAGUACACACUAUGGGACACAUUGCACGAUAUUUUUGCAAUAAUUAUAUCCCCCCAUGUGUCCUAACCUUUAUAUUAAAAAUUUAUAUUACUGUCAAACCUCCCGUUAGUGACCACCCAAAAUGCAAAGACUGAGUGGUUGCUUACGUGAGGUGGUCCCAUACAAGAAUCAAACCACAUGGGGUCUCUUCCGAGAAGAGGUCCAGACACGUCUACUUUAUGAAAGAUAUUUAUUGGGAUGCAAUGUCUAAGUUACGCCAUGUGUAAUUCCACAUUGUCACUAAGGUUCUUCAUAUAUUCUUAUAGUAGCAUAGUGCACACAGCAAACAUAGAGAUCAGAGAAUGCAUCAAGUGGUCGCUUACAAGAGGUUAAAAAAAACAAUGGAAAAUCAUGAACUGUCAGGCACAAAAAGUGGCCGCAGUCGCUUGCAGGAGGUGGUCAUUUACUAGAGGUUCCAACUGUAAUGCUUUGACUGGGAAAAUUUUGGUGUUUUGGAUUGGCAGUCGCUUAUGGGAGGUGAUCACUUACGAGAGGUGGUCGCACAUGGAGUUUUGACUGUAUUAUUAUUAUUAUGAUCAUCAUUAUUAUUAUUAUAUUAUUAUUAUUAUUUUCUGUGUUACAGCACAUGUGACAAAAGAUUCAUUGCCACAUUCACCUUCAGGGAGCUUUGUUACUUGAGGGAGAAAUCAAUAAAAUAGGCCUUUUGUUUUAGUUGAUCACGUGAUCAACUUUCUGUGAACACGAAAACAGUUCACUUUUGAGAAAUUUUGUUAGUAGGAACUGAAAGAGCAUAUUAGAAUUAGGAAACCUGUAAAUUUUCAGCUGUAUAUCAUUACAAUGGCUGCCGAAAAAUAGAAGAAUUUGUAUGGGAAAAACAACUCUUGCCACACAAUCAAGCUUGAGUAGUUUUCCAUACAAAUCCUGGUAAAUUUCGAAAUGGUCAAACUGUUGUAAAAUAUUUUCUGAAGCAUUUUGGGGCUCAAAUCUCCAUAUUUUUAUUCAUAAUAGGCACUAAUUGAGCCCUUAAAUGCAUAAGGGCAAGAUUUAAUGACAGUGUAAAACAUUUCAAAUUAUUUUUGAAAUGACCAGUGUAACAUAAUUAUUCAUGUAUAACAUAUAUAUAAAUUAUUUCAUUAUUGUUAUUUUUCAGGUGUUGCAUUAUGUUGAAAAGCCAGAAACUUUUGUUAGUGAAGUCAUAAACUGUGGUAUUUACAUCUUCUCACCAGCUAGCUUGUUCAAACUCAUGGGAGAAGUACUUCAAAAGAAUUACCAGAAAAUGAGGUACUAGUUUAUGAUUCUAUACUAGUUUUAGCUAUCACUACAUGUUGUAAGUGCCAAUGAGUGAAGAAUUUACCUAUACGGACACGCUCUUCAAUUUGUUUAGAAAUGUCAUGAAUUACCAUAAUUUACAAGAAUUUAGGCUGCAGGUUAGUCAUGUGUCCAUCAACUUUCCUUAGACAGGGUGUCUAGGUUUUGAUGCCUGCAUAGGGAAUACCUGUUGAAUGUCAAAAUGAAAUUCAGGUUUAAAUGGUUUCAAACUAUACAGCUGCUCUAGUUUAAUUCAGCACAGAAUCCUUAUUCUAAAAUAAGUUCUUUUGUUGCAGUGUUGAACCAUUUGCUGGUAAUGUCGAGUCAAUCAGGAUGGGUGAGGAUGUUCUUGCCAGUUUAGCAAAUUCAGGGACCCUGAACGCAUUUAAGACAAGUAACUUUUGGACUAGCAUCAAAAGUGCGGGGUAAUGAUCUUUUCUUGAUUUCUUCACACUGAAAUUUUUAGUUUGACUAAAAGAAACUUGAAUUACUAGAGAUUUAUGCCUAUUCAAAGUAGACAGACUGCAAAUCAUCUUAGUCACUAAAAAUAUAUAUAUCUACGCGUCGCAACUGUUCAUCAGUAGGAUGCCUAAAAUGCGUGCAAUUCCACAAUUGGUUUCGGCUCCAUUAAAUCCUAUACCAAUUGCAGAACGUUUUAGGAGGAGCCACCCACCAUGUGAGCACAGUCAUGGACAAUGUAUAAGUGAGGAAAAUAACGCAAAGUAAAAUUAAGACGUUAAUAAACGAACUAAAUGUACACGUCAAUUAAAUAAAUAAACAAAUAAUGCGCGCGCUCAAAAUAAAAUUGUAUGCGCACACGUACCGAGAUAAUCGUUAACAUGGACGUGAAGGCCCGAAGUAGGAGAGGUAACCUGCUCAGGUGGGGUGAAAAAAAUAACCCACCGUUUAACAUGCAAUCUUACAACCCCACCAUUCUGGGGUACACUUUCUCAAGAUUAGGGAACUUAAGCAACAACGAUGGCAAUGGCAACAAGAACGUCAAAAAAGCAAUAGGUUUGAUAAGCAAAACAACAGCUCUGCAUGUGAAUCACCCUCUUUUGUACAUUAAUUUGCCAUUGUUGCAGGACUACGGUGUGAAAAAUCUUGAACACAAGAUGACCCUCUUUUUCUUUUUCUGAACUUUGAUACUGUCCUUUAGAAUUCAACUCCCGAAAAAUUCGCCAGCAUUUGAUAAAAUGAACGAGAUGUAAAGCACAACAAACUUUGAAGCAGCAUGAACACACUUAAUUUUGAGUGACGUUUUUGUAGCUCAGUGCCGCCGUCGUUGUUGCUUAAGCUCCCAUUUGCUAACCGUAAAUAUGAAGAACUGUCUUACCCCCAAAAAAUCCGAAAAUGUGCAACCCCAUUCUUAGCUUGACUAGUAACUAGAAAAUAGUAGAAAAUGCGACCCCAUCCAGUGGCACAUCCCCAUUGGCCUCUUAUAAGGAAGUACCCCCCCCCCCCUCCCAGGGAAUAAAGAAGAAUGUCAAAUGAUGUUUAAGCACCGGCUGCCUUUGUGUCAUCAGAGAGGCAUCCUCCUGUGUUUACCGUACGUGUUAGUUAGUCUCAGUCUUAAUGUGCUGCUGAGGUAUCUAGAUAAUAAAAUAACAUGUUUUUUUUGUUUUUAACAGGUCUGCAAUUUAUGCAAAUAGAAAUGUUCUUUCUUUGUAUCACAAGACCCACCCAGAUCUCCUGGCACAAAAUGGAAAGGAGCAACCUCAUAUAAUAGGUAUAACUUGAGCUUUUCCCUCAUUUGUAAAAGCAGAAUUCGUAAAAAUGAUGUAAGCUCAGUGAUAGAUGAUGGAUGUAAAAAAGGGCUGUUCUCUCUGUUCAUCAUAAUCAUUAAAUUUUACAAUUCUCCUCAGUCUUGUAGCGAACGUUACUCAUUUUAGGUUCUCAUUAGAUUGUAAUACUAUCUAUCUAUCUAUCUAUCUAUCUAUCUAUCUAUCUGUCUGUCUGUCUGUCUGUCUGUCUGUCUAUCUAUCUAUCGAUCUGUCUGUCCGUCGGUCUUCCCGCCCGCCCGCACACCUGCCCGCCCCUCCAUCCAUCCAUCCAUUUCUGCCGUAAGAUUAUAGUUGGCUAAAAACCUGUCCAGUUCGGUAUUAAUUUUUAUGUGUAGAACAUAAUAGAUCAUAAAAUAAAUGUUAACAUAAUUUAUUGUUUUGUUGAUUUUAAGGUGAUGUGUAUAUUCAUCCAAGUGCAGUUGUUCACCCAACAGCAGUGGUAUGAUUUCUUGUUGUUUUUGGUGCAUCUAUGUCUAAAGUAUGUCUUUUAUGUACAAGGUAGAAAGAAAAUAAAACAACUGCAUGUGGAGGUCGGAAGCCCGCGAUUUCCAGGGGUUUUCAUCACUGAACAUGAACCAGGCCCUAGAUCAAGAUGGGAGUAGCCUGCAUACAGAUGCCCCCUGCCCUAAAAAAAAUGUCGGGGAGACAGACAUCUGUGGAACACAAUUAACGUUGGCACAACACAGACGUGUAGCUCUUUCCCUGAAUUUUUUUGAGGGGAGGGGGUAUCUGUACACAGGCUAUAGGUCAAGUAGUGCUCCCAUGCAUGGCUGGCAAUUUGUGCAACUGAGCCAUGAGCCCAAUGCAAGGCAUGCAAAAGCACCUUUCACACUGACAAGAAGUGGAAAUGGAGAGGAGAGGAGAGGGGAGUGCAAUAAACUGAAUGCAAACAGGAUAAAAUGGCUGCAAAUCAAAAGCAAUGGGGAUGCUGAUGGCGAUGGCAAUGAGAAAGUCAAAAAAGCAAUAGGUUUAGAUUAGCAAAACAAUAAUUUUGCUCAUGCAUCCAGAUUUUUGUUCAUUUUUUUGCCAUCACUGCAUGACUACUACUUGAACUUCGAUACAGUCCUUUAAAAUUCAACUCCAAAAAGGUUUGCCAACAUUUGACAUUCUGAAAGAGAUGAAAUAAGCACUAUUAAGUUUGAAGCAGUGCAAAUUCAAUUUUAAAUGGACAUUUUCCCAUCCAUUGCCGUCGUCAGUGCUUAAGCUCCCUGUCGUAACUUUCUGCAUUUAACUGCAUGGAAAUAGUUUAAUCUUUCUGCUUCUAAAUUUCUGAGUGUCUUAAUGACUGCCUUCGUGACUAUUAUAUUUUUGGUCAAAAUAAUGAGGAGACUGAUGUAAGGUGCAGACCUGUUAACUUUAUACGUGCUGUUACUAUUCUUUUCCAGCUUGGUCCCAAUGUAUCUGUUGGUAGCAAUGUAGUAAUAGGUGCUGGAGCCAGAGUCAGGGAGACAAUCUUACUUGAUGGAGCUGAACUCAAGGUAUAUUUUGUAUUUAUGGCUACAGCUAGGAUAUACAGAGGCCUUGUAAGGGUAAAAUUCCGACAAGCAACAUCGCCUUGAAACAGUGAGAUAAGAAACUCUGAGAUAAAAUGCUGAGAAACGACGUACCAAGAUGGGUUGAAAAUGUGACAGUGAAGAGAACAGUCGCAAAUACAAUAGUAAAAUGCUAACAGUGACUUGGUAUCCUCCUCAAUAUGCAAAACAGCUAGUUUUGAAAUUCAGACUAGGAAAAAUAACAUACAUGUGUACCCCCCUAUUAAAGAGGGAUUCAUAUACAUGUAGCCACACUCCUCCCCUCCCCCUGCAGAAAUUUUUAAGAGGGUCAGUUGAGGAGCACUCUUAAUCUGAAGUUUUAAAUAGAGGACAGUUUGAAACUAAACUGUAAUUUCCAGGGGGGAUGGAGGGGGUGGGGUUAAGCUACCCCUACCACCCCGCUCCCCCAAAAAAAUCCAUAGGGAAGGUAAGCAUAUUUUCUGGAAUUGAUUGAAAGCCAUUUGAGUGCUUUUACUUGAUUACAACCUUUAUGAGGGGUUUGGAAGUAAUCUUGUUUGAUAGAGCCAUGGUUCGUACAAUCUUGUGUGUCUUAGCCAGUAGGGUGAUCAAAAGGGGGUUAAAGAAUGCUGAUUAAAUUUUUUAUUAAGCAUACAUUAGCCUUUGAAAACUGUUAUUUGGCCUUGAAAAAUCCUUGAAAAGUCCGUGAAAUAUUUGUUUGUCUGAAGUUGUAAAAACCAUGAGAGCUAAAUCUCGUGGUAACAGGGACUUCAUUUAAGAUUAAUGCUGUCCUGAAACUUUGUGUUUAAAAGCUUGAGGUGGGAAGGCAGAUUCAAGAUAGUUCAUAGCAUUCACAUUAUUUGACUUUUUUCUGUGUUUUCAGGAUCAUUGCUGCAUUCUGUAUAGCAUCAUUGGUUGGAAUUGUUCCAUAGGGGUGUGGUCACGAGUAGAGGGCAGUCGAUGCGACCCAAACCCAAAUGAAGAGUUUGCUAAACCAGAUGGAGAAUCCCUAUUUGGUAACAAUGGCAAGUUAACUCCAUCAAUCACUAUACUAGGUAAUUAGUUCUUUCUGUUUUCCCUCUUAUUUUCCCCAUUUUCCUAUUUGCUACAUUUUUAUUUACCAAGUACAAUAAAUUGAUGUUUCCAAGUAUAAGGUGAUCUUUUUGCUUUUUCAUUUCCAGGUCGAAAUGUAACAAUACCAGGAGAGGUCAUAGUUCUAAACUCAAUCGUCCUGCCACACAAAGAUCUUAGUCAAAGUUACAAAAAUGAAAUCAUCUUGUAAUAGGAAGCAGAAAAAUACGAUAAUGUACACUAUGUUAGGGUAUAAGGCACUACUAUUGCAAGCUGAAUCUAUUUUAUAAUAGGUAAUGAAAGUGGCUUGUAUUUAUGUUGGAAUCAGGGUCCUGCAUCAGGGCUUUCAUUUAGGGUCGGGGGUCGGGAGCCAGGGAUUUCUCCUGUCUACAACAAUCAUGACCCCUGGUUACAUCGAUAGGGAACAAAGGGAAUAUAAAACCCAAAGAACCUUCAUAGUUCUUUACUUCCCCACCUACUAAUGGAGUACUAAAGUGAUGACGUCAUAAAAAUGAAAUU